AAUUCGUCCACCGUCACCCACUGCAAGCCACCACCGUCUUAUGCCCACGACAUCCCUAUCGGCGCCGCACCACACACGACAUCUUGCUAAGCAGACGCAAUUUUCAGCAGCCUACGUGCGCACAGGAAACCCACGUCUGACCAGAUAGCAAAGACAACAGACCGAGACGAGCACGCAGGGGCACUCUGCGAAUCGGUAUCUGUCAACCCAUCGCACAUCAUCGCUCGCAGCCCUCGAGGCGCCCUCGCUCCUACCGCGCCCGUGCCCAACAUGACGGCGACGGCGACGACGACGACGACGACGUCUUCGGCGGACUCGGCCGCCUCCCUCAUCCUCAACCACGCCGCGCCACAGCCAUACAACUUCCGCUUCUCCCCCUUCCUACGGCAGACGUACCAGGUGGGCCUGCCGGCCGACCGCCCCGUGUGCAAGGCCUACCAGACGGGCACCUGCUCCAACGGCACGCGAUGCACCGAGCGGCACGUCUCGGAGACGUCGGGCGGCGGCGGCGGCGGCGGCAAGUCAUCUCAGCACGCGUCUGGCGGCCUCAACUCGCUCGUCUGCAAGCACUGGCUGCGCGGGCUCUGCAAAAAGGGCGAACACUGCGAGUUCCUCCACGAGUACAACCUCCGCAAGAUGCCCGAGUGCAACUUCUUCAUGCGCAACGGCUACUGCUCCAACGGCGAAGAGUGCCUCUACCUGCACGUUGACCCGUCGUCGCGCCUCCCGCCCUGCCCCCACUACGACAUGGGCUUCUGCCCGCUCGGCCCCCUCUGCUCUAAGAAGCACGUCCGCCGGAAGCUCUGCGUCUUCUACCUCGCCGGCUUCUGCCCCGACGGCCCGGACUGCAAGCAGGGCUCUCACCCCAAGUGGAGCAAGGACCUGGAGAAGCCGACCCUCAUGUCGGAGGAGAAGAAGGAGGAGGAGGCCAGAGCCGAGGCAGCCGCCGCCGCUGCCGCCGCCGCCGCGGCUGCGAGGGGGGACGAUGACGAUCAUAUGAAUAAUACGGGCAGGGGGGAUCACCGGAUGCGAGAUGGCCCGCGAGACCGCGACGAGGGCAGGUUCGGCCGGCAUGGCCGAGGAGGCGGGGGCGGAGGCGGCAAGUGGAGGGGCGGACGGGACAGGCGGUUUCGAGGCAGAGGACAUUAACCGGGUGUUCGACGUGUCAGGAAGCCGAGGUGUGGGAGGGAGGAUGAGGGUGAGGGCGUGGGCAGACGUCACGAUACGAUGUGACAAGCUGAGCCUGAGGCACAAGAGUUCUCUUGUUCCGUGCGAUACCCCCCUAUGUACGAGAUGUAGUAGUAUGCAAAGAGAGCGAAGAGGAUC